AUGAAGUCUUUUUCCAGUUCUGUGAUCAAUAAGUCGGGCAAAAAAUUUGCCCCCAAGGCGCCCGCCCGACGCGCCCCAGCUCCCCCUCCCCUCCGACGACCCAGUGUUGCAUCUCAGCCGUCUGCUUCACAAACCCCACAGCCAGCGACAGAAAGACCGACCCUUGAGCCAGGCCCUUCUACCACAUCCGCCCAGCCCACAGUCCCUGUCGACACCAUCACUACCACUUCCGUAGAAUCACUAGCUGCGGCCCAGAAGAAGAAAAUUGCGCCACCUUCUACGACUGCGAUCGCAAUCCCCCAACCGAAACGCAAGCCAUCAAUCUCAGCUGUUCCUCUCAAAGUCGCAGAACUCGCGCCGUCUCCUCCUCAACCCACUCCACCCAGUACCACAUCUACCGAACCUGUCUCUCAAACUCUUCCACAGGUAUCUCUGGAAUCGCGCGACGAUGGGAGCCGGGACGUCAGCCCGACGAACGUUGUAGAACGCCAUGCGGCAGAGGCUGCAGGCCCCCAAAGUCGUUUACGCCGACCUGCAGAUGGCGCUAUCGAUAUUCACCCUACCAAGCGUCCCAGGACCAAUUCCGCGACAAAGCCGGCCCUUCAGCCACCCACAGCUCCUACAGAACAUUCAGUGACCGAACUCCCGCCACUCCCCACACCUCCCACUUCGCAAGUCACCACCACAGAUGCUCAAGAUUCUGUAGAACCCCAGACGGAAACAGAGUCGCAAACAUCAGUUCCUCCUACUCAACCUCGGAAGGUGGUCAAGGUCCGGAGAAAGUCUGUCAGGGAAGGCAAUGGCGAAAAUGCGACGAGUAAGAAGAAGGAAAGAAAAGCUCGCACACGCAAGAAGCGCGAGCCGACACCUGAAGGCUCCGAGAGCGUCGAGAUCGCCCCUGGGAUAAUCAAGAUGUCGGAGUUGUGCAAAGACCUUCGAACCGGAAAACUCUCUAAAAGAGAAACCGAACUUCGCGUCCUCGACCAGGCAGAGCUUGAGCGCAAACAACGAGCGCAGCAGGAGGGGGACACUGAGGGACCAGUUAAAGCCAAUGGACACCAGCCCACACCGACAGCCGACGGAAACGGCUUGCUUGACAAUAAAUCUCAGGCCGGACCGGUAAUGCGAAUUGUCAAUGGAGAAAUUGUGCUCGAUACUGCUUCCUUGCAAGUUGACCGCCAUGCGGACGCGGCAAGAAAUGCUGGCGAGCUGGAGGACGUUGUUGAAAACACACUCACGCGCAAGAUCAACCAGUCUACCUAUGGAAAACGUUCCAAGACAGAGUCCUGGGACGAGAACAUGACAGAUCUGUUUUACAGGGGAUUGCGCAUCUUCGGUACUGAUUUUAUGAUGAUCAGCAAAUUAUUUCCUGGCAGAACUCGGCGGCAAAUCAAACUCAAGUUCAACAAAGAGGAGCGCCGCGAUCCCUUGCGCAUCAAGGAGACUCUUCUAGGCCCACGAGAGAGUAUUGACAUCAACACCUAUUCUGAGAUGACCAACACAGUCUAUGAUGAUCCCAAGAUCAUACAACAGCAACUAGACGAGGAACGGAAACAAAUGGAAGAACAACAUGCCAAAGAAAAGCAAGCUCAAGAGGAACUACUUCGCAACCCCGAUGGUGCAGCUGGUGAACCCGCUCAGGAUGGUGAUAUGCCUGCCAAAAUCAAACGGCCUAGCCGACGACAGGCAAUGAAAGCUAUGGCUGGUGGAACGGAGGAGGUGUUGGGCACGAUCGAUGAUGUUCCUUGA